AUGGAAGGCAAAGUAGGCGCCCGUACCCGCUCUGAGGACUCCCGGCGUAACUCCCGUUAUAAUGAACACCACUUGUUGUCUGCGCGGGCAGCUCUCGUAGCGUGCAGCGUGGUUGCAGACUGUGGUCCAAGAUUGAAGUAUGCGUGGGGUGAUGCAUUACAAGGAACAGAUUGUCCAGGCCCAGAUGGGACACCCUACCCUAGGCACUUAGUAAACAGAGCUCUGAAGUCAGGUCCAUGGCAGUCUUCGAGGCAAGGUCGAGGAUUGCGGACGGUGGACCCUGCCAUCAUGAGGCGAGCGCUGCUUGACGCACACGCCGGUUACUCAGAGGGCGCGCCUACGCAAGGCAGCAAUAGAACCGGUCGCUCCUCAAACCUGCCCGGACUAUCGCCGGCGCCUACAAACUCGUGUGGCGGCACUAGAUUAUGUCGGACGAGGUCAAGCGAAUGCUCCCUAGUAAGGGGGACAUGUUCACAAACGUACGUGCCCUACCUAUUCUUGGUACUUCCACUCGGACCAGUGACGCUAACCGGUCAAGACUACGUGCUCGUAGAGUCUGGGUGUGUCUGCAGACCAGACCCGGUGCCAUAG